AUGUUGUGCAUAGCUCUCGCAUUGUUUGCAGUGGGACUGCAAGCAGUUAUCAUCCCAGGACCACCUGGGCCUCACUCUGUGUCUUACCAGGUCCAUGAUCUAACCGAUCAGACUCGUUGGGACCCAUAUGCGCCUUCGGACAGCCCUCACAAGAGACGCAUCCUUAUUUCAUCUUUUUCUCCCCUGGCUCUAGAAGACAAUUGCACAUCAACACUGAUCGAUUACAUGCCACCUCAAACAACUGUAGCAUACGGAGCCUAUGCUGCAGACAAUGGGCUGCCUGAAACCCUUUUUGAAGAUAUACAGAUAAAUUUCUGUCAACCUUCUGCCUGUCAUGGAACCAAGCAGCAAAAAUAUCCGUUGGUAGUCUUCUCGCCAGGAUUGUCGGCAUCAAGACUUUUAUACACACUUCAAGCGAAAGCGCUCGCCAGCUAUGGAUUUGUUGUGGUCACUAUUGAUCAUCCUUACGACGCCACUUUUGUGGAGUUUCCUGACGGUUCGUUUGUCCGCGGCACCGUUGGUUGGAGUGAUGGCGAGUCCGAUUUAGCUACCGAGGUCAGGGCAAAAGAUGUCACUUUUGUCAUUGAUUUAUUUCACUCCAAUAAUCAUCAGAUCCCGGCCAAAAUUACAAACAAGGCGGACCUGCGGAAGAUCUUUGUCUAUGGUCAUUCACUUGGUGGUGCGACAGCCGCAGAAGCCACUCUUAACGAUAAUCGCGUGCUUGGGGGCAUUGAUUUGGAUGGAAGCCCUUGGGCCCGGUCCAAGGCAGUCGGGCUGGAUAAACCAUUUCUUAUGUCAGGCAAAGGCACAGCUAACGGGAUCGAUGAAACUUGGGCGCCGUUUUACGAAAAGCUGAGAGGCCCAAAGAUGCAAGUCCGAGUCGAAGGCGCGACUCACUACUCUUACAUCGACAUGCCUGUUAUACUUGCGGCGAGGCCAUUACCAGCGGAGUAUGAUGAUUUGGUGAAACUUCUGGUUGGGACCGUAGAAGGGAAGCAGAUGGAGAAGAUCGUCAUGAGUCUUCUUCUAGGGUUUGCGAAGCUCGUCUUGGAGGAUGACAGUGGUCCCCUCUUGAAGCUAAAAGACGCGUUUCCAGAGAUUACAGUCGUUGCGGAGGACCUAUCUUAG